AUGGCCUCCGCCGCUGCCCGUCCUCUUGUAACCGUCCAAUCCCUAGUAAAUGACCUGGAAACCGACGGAGGCUCCGUCGCCAACUCCAUACCACUUCCCGAUGUGAUGAAGGCGUCGAUCCGCCCUGACCAAGUGACAUUCGUCCACGGCCAAAUUUCCAAGAACGCUCGGCAGCCUUACGCCGUGUCAAAGAAGGCCGAACCCCAGACAUCUGCCGAGUCAUGGGGAACUGGGCGCGCUGUAUCCCGUAUCCCUAGGGUACCUGGUGGCGGAACCCACCGCGCUGGACAAGGUGCCUUUGGCAACAUGUGCCGUGGUGGUCGUAUGUUCGCCCCCACCAAGAUCUGGCGCCGCUGGCACAGGUCCGUGAACGUCACUCAAAAACGCCAUGCCGUGGUUUCAGCUAUUGCGGCUUCUGCUGUUCCCUCUCUUGUUCUGGCGCGUGGACACCGCAUUGAAGGAGUUCCGGAGCUGCCUCUUGUUGUAUCGGAUUCUGCGGAGGCUAUUGAGAAAACAAACGCAGCUAUUAAUAACCUCAAAUAA